AUGAAGGCCAAUACUUUGAUCCCCCUUCUGGGUCUAUCCGGCACUGCCCUGAGUGCGGCUGUUACCAAGAACAACCAAGAGCCUUGGGGAUACAAGUCCGGUUCUAAGGAAUCCAUUGCCAACCUCAAGGACAAGGUCGAGAAUGUGGUUUGGAUCCUGCUGGAGAACCGCGGAUUCGACAACAUUCUGGGUGGUGUCCACAAGGAAGGCCUUGACAAUGUCGUGAACAAUGGUCCCUUCUGCAACCCUCAGUCUGUCAACCAGACCAACAGCAAGAAGUGGUGCAGUACCAACAAGGACUACGACUCGGUUAUCCACGAUCCCGACCACUCGGUCACUGGUGUCAACUUUGAGCUUUACGGCACUUAUAACCCCUCCAACAAGGACAUCGCCAGCGGUAAACUCAAGGCCAAUCUGAAUGGCUUUGUUGAGAAGCAGAUGGUUUCAUACCCAGAUAUCUCCGCCAAGCGUGCCACUGAAGAGGUCAUGGGCUACUACACCGAGAGCGAGAUCCCUACUCUCGUGGACUUGGUUGAUGAGUUUACUACCUUCAACUACUGGCACUCCUGUGUUCCUGGCCCCACCAACCCCAACCGUCUCUGUGCCAUUUCCGGAACCCCGGACGGCCACGGCGAGAACGACGACAGCUUCCUCGAGUCUGCAAUUGAUACCACCAGCAUCUUCGAGGUUGCCACCGAGAAGGGUAUCUCGUGGCGCAACUACGACGGCACAAACGGUGCCUUCCUUCCAGACUCGCUAUUCUUCAACUGGACAGCCACCAACGCCAAGGACAACGUCGUCCCCAUGGAGAACUUCUACCAAGAUGCCUACCUCGGCCUCCUCCCUCAACUCUCCUACAUCAACCCGUCCUGCUGUGGCCUUAACACCAACUCCAUGCACCCAUCCGGCAACGUCUCCUUCGGCCAGGUUCUCGUCAAGCAAGUCUACGACGCUCUCCGCGCCAGCCCCCAGUGGGAAAAGACUCUCCUCCUCCUGACCUACGACGAGACGGGUGGUUUCUUCGACCACGUUGCUCCCCCUCUGGCCGUUCGUCCUGAUAACAAGACCUACACCGAGACCGCCGACGACGGUUCCACCUACACUCUCAAAUUUGACCGUCUUGGUGGCCGUAUGCCUACUUGGCUGGUCUCGCCUUAUGCUCCUCAGGGUUAUGUCGAGAACUACGGUGUUGACCCUGUCACUGGCAAGUCUUCUUCCUACAGUGCUACCUCGGUUCUUAAGACUCUGGGAUAUCUGUGGGAUCUGGAGGAUAUGUCUCCCCGUGUUAGCCACUCCCCUGCUUUCGAUCAUCUUAUCGGUACCAAGGCUCGCGCGUCGGCUCCUCAAACUCUUACCAACCCCCAUGUUUUCCCGGAUGCUGUUUAA